AAUGUUGGAAAUGUGAAGGCAGGACAACAGUUCAAAAAGAGCUUCGGUCUGGGCUACCCCCGCAUUCAGUCGGACGUCACCAUGAAGGUCCUGGUUUUCCUUGUUUUGCUUGGAGCAGCCUUUGCUGCAGCUGAGGAUGAGAAAGUAGUUGGAGGAUAUGAGUGCCCCAGGCACUCUGCUCCCUACCAGGUCUCUCUCAAUGCUGGAUACCACUUCUGUGGUGGUUCGCUCAUCUCAAGCCAGUGGGUGGUUUCUGCUGCUCACUGCUACAAAUCGCGUAUUCAGGUCCGCCUUGGUGAGCAUAACAUCGCUGUGAAUGAGGGCACUGAGCAGUGGAUUGAUGGUGCCAAGAUGAUCACGCACCCACAGUACAACAGCUACAACCUGGACAACGACAUCAUGCUGAUCAAGCUGAGCCACCCUGCCACCCUCAAUAGCUACGUCCAGACCGUGUCCCUGCCCUCUCGCUGCCCCGUGGCUGACGAGAACUGCAUGGUGUCUGGCUGGGGAAACAUGGCCAGCAAUGGCAACAACUUCCCUGACAACCUUCAGUGCCUGAAGCAGCCCAUCAUCGAUGACAGAAUCUGCAGGAACGCCUACCCCCACCUCUUCACUGAUAACAUGGUGUGCUCUGGAUUCAUGCAGGGAGGUGCCAGCAGCUGUCAGGGUGACUCUGGUGGUCCUCUGGUGUGUAAUGGACAGCUGCAGGGAGUCGUGUCCUGGGGUUAUGAUUGUGCCAUGCCAGGACAUCCCAGCGUCUACGCCCGUGUGUGCCGCUACAACAGCUGGAUCAGCUCUGUCAUGAGCCAACACUAAACACCGAGUUACCUUUUCAUUAGUUUCACAAUUGCUAUAAUGCAUUCCCUGAAACGUCCAUCCAUUUUCUCAAAACUUAAAAAAAAUCCCCAAUUACAUGCAAAAAAACAAAACGCCUCUCCAGAAUUGCACAAUAAGCACAUACUCAGCUUCACGCUUUUUGCAAAACAUUGUUUUGCAAAGCUCUACGUGCAUUUUCAGACACAGAUAAGGAUUGUGAGGCUACUUACUUCUCAUUACAGAACUCUGGCUUUCCACUGAUUCUGAUUUUCCUUGUUGAAUGACAUGUUAUUGUCACUGAGAAUAUAGUAAGAAAUAAAUAUUUUCAGUCUGCAGGAUCAGUAUUGUGCUGAGUAAGUUUAUAGUAUUUGCGUUUUUCCAUGUAUAUCUCAUAGUAAUCAUAAAAAAUGAAUUGGGUUUGUCAAUAUAUUUGUCAUCUAAAUUCUCACAACCAUGCUCUCAAACAAUAUUUCUGUAUAAAAUCCAUCAUUUUAUUUCCUAAAAAGGGGUUUUACAAAUAUGUUUUGAAUUUUUCAUGGAAGUGUGUAAUAGA